CACCAAACAGUAACAGAGAGAGGCGGCGUGAGGGGAGAGAGAGAUACAGAAUCCAAAUUCGCCUUGCCUUGGUGGCUUGGCUGCUCCGUCUGUUCGCAACUUCGUAUGUUGAUGUAUGUAGCCCAAAAGAUGGUCUCUAUCAGCUCCAGAAGGGGCAAACCGAAAAAAAGGCCACUCCUUUCCCUCCCUUCGUCCUUCCUCCUUUCAACAUAAAAUCAUCAGUCACUGAUUUCGAUUCAGCAAAUUUCUCCCAACUCAUGGCCGCCGUCUACAAGCUCCCCUCCCUCUCUCCUCUUCCUCCUUCUUCCUCCGACUGCACUAGCUAUUAUCAUUCAGUCCGCACAAACCCAAACACCCUCUGCUGUCUCCGCGCCGCCUCCCCUUUCACCGAAAAGCACUCCCUCCAGCAGUACCGCCGUGACAACUGGCUCUAUAAGGAGCACCUUCCGACUUUCUUCUCUUCUCCUCCUCCUCCCCCAUUUCGUGAAGGCGAUGAUGAAGAUUCCAUCCGGCAAAACGACAUUGCAUUGCAGCUCCCGGAGCUCAAGAAGCUGCUUCAAUUCCUCAGGGAAAAGAGACUACUAACGCAACAACAUUCUUCUCCCGACGGCGAUUCUCAGAAACCCUGCUGUGGCAGUGUCUUCUUGGUCGGCACUGGCCCUGGUGACCCCGACCUUUUGACAAUCAAAGCUCUGCGAGCCAUUCAGAAGGCAGAUCUCUUGCUCUAUGAUCGGUUGGUCUCUAAUGACGUUCUCGAUUUGGUUGGUCCCGAUGCUAGAUUGCUCUAUGUCGGCAAGACUGCUGGCUACCACAGCAGAACCCAGGAGGAGAUACACGAGCUGCUUCUGAGUUUUGCUGAAGUUGGGGCUACAGUUGUCCGGCUCAAAGGAGGGGAUCCUCUGGUGUUUGGAAGAGGUGGAGAGGAGAUGGAUUUUCUACAGCAGCAAGGCAUUCAUGUUAAAGUCAUUCCAGGCAUAACAGCAGCUUCAGGAAUUGCAGCAGAAUUGGGAAUCCCAUUAACUCACCGGGGGGUUGCCAAUAGCGUAAGGUUUCUAACGGGACAUUCAAGGAAAGGAGGCACCGAUCCGCUGUUUGUUGCAGAGAAUGCUGCUGACCCUGAUUCAACCCUAGUGGUUUACAUGGGCUUGGCCACUCUCCCUUCUCUUGCUACAAAAUUGAUCCAUCAUGGCUUGCCGGAAGACACACCGGCUGCUGCAGUCGAGAGAGGAACCACACCACAACAGCGCAUUGUUUUUGCGGAACUGAAGGAUCUUGCUGAUAAGAUUUCAGAAGCCGACUUAAUUUCUCCUUCACUGAUCAUAAUAGGGAAAGUUGUUGCACUUUCACCACUAUGGCCAUGUUCUUCUGAUGAAUCAGUUGCUUUGGCUGGCGUCAUUUAGCUACUGGCUGUAGACAGAGGAGAUUUCCAUCCAAUAUUUGAGGUGACAGAUUGGGUGGAAUUUUGUCAAUUCCUCUUAGAAGCCAGCAGCCCAUGUUUCUGAACAACCCAGCUGAACCAGAAGUGGCACACUGUUGAAUGGUAACAUGGGAGGCUGCCUUCACCUUUUGAUUUGUAAUUGAAGUCGCAACAGCAUUUUGAUUUUUGUAAUUGAAGUCGCAACAGCAUUUUCACUAACAUCUAUAGAAAAUUCGUCACUACUUUUAAGCGGUAUGCAAGAGAGUAGGUAGCAUCAUUGUUUGAUCACCAGCAGGGUGUGUAUCAGUAUAAGCGUCUUUUAUCAGUCUGAAUAGAGUGGAUGUAAACAUUAGUGUAAUGGUGUUGCAAUUGCUUUUGGGUAAUUAAGGCUCUUAUUUCUUCUUCUUUUUUUUGGUGAGAAGACUUUUUUUUUUCAUUCUUUUCCCACUUCCUGCAUAAUGUCAUGUUUCGUCCAUUGUUUUCUUUCAUUGAGCAGCAGUCAUGUAAUGUAACAGAGAGUGUGCCAAUUGUAACAAACAAAUAGAACCUAU